UUUGUUUGUCAACGUUCGUUGGAAGAAAGACCACCGGAAACGGAGUAGCAGUCUCAGCAGUCAUGGCGUCGGCAACUGCCACCCGAACUGCGGCGGGGGCAGCCAAAGUUGUCAAGCCAAUUUUUAGCCGGGAUUUGGACGAAGCUAAACGUAGGGCCCGGGAGCUGUACCGGGCCUGGUACAGAGAAGUCCCGAACACCGUGGUCACGUUCCAGCUGGAUAUCACGGCACAGCAGGGGCGAGACAAAGUGAGGGAGAUGUUCGACAAGAACCGGCAUGUCUCUGACCCUCGUCUCAUCGACAUGUUGGUCAUCAAGGGGAAAAUGGAGCUCCAGGAGACCAUCCACGUAUGGAAACAGAAGACACACAUAAUGCGCUAUUUCCACGAGUCUGAGGAACCGCGUGCUGUUGAUUUCCUGUCUAAAUUCUACAGAGGGCAUGAACCCUGAACCCCCCCCCCCCCCCCCCCCCCCACGUACCUUAGACCCUGAGAUGUUCCCUUUGAUUGUAAAUACACAUGUAACAUUCGCACACUGAUGUUUGUGUCUCUCAUUAACAUUUUAAACGGGGCUUUCACGGAAUUUGCCAUAUUUUGUGAUUGUUUUAAGCAAGAUACCCAUAACAGUUAGCAUAUGUAAGGUACACAAGUUAUAGGACUCUAAAGUGUACGACUGAAAAUUUGGCUUUAAAAGUUAUUUUAAGUCA